AGAAGAAAUGUGAUCUGCUUGCAUGAUAAGUCUGAUUUGGCAAGAGCAUGAAGUAUAAAUGGCUUCACAAUAAGAAUCAAAAGAUUCCUUUUACCUCUUUCCUUCUCCUCUCUCUGGCACAGUUUACUGCCAUAUUUAAUUUCUUUGCUGUAAUCUAGUGAAACUGUAGCCGCAGCACACGGGAGCAGUGGCUGGGAAAGUUCUCAGUGACUAGCUUUACUCUUCCAUUCUCCCUACUCCUAGAUCAUGGCCCUCCACCCUCGAAGAGUCCGGCUGAAGCCCUGGCUGGUGGCCCAGGUGGACAGUGGCCUCUACCCUGGUCUCAUCUGGCUACACAGAGAUUCCAAACGCUUCCAGAUUCCCUGGAAACAUGCCACACGGCACAGCCCCCAGCAAGAGGAGGAAAACACCAUUUUUAAGGCUUGGGCUGUGGAGACCGGAAAGUACCAGGAAGGGGUGGAUGAUCCUGACCCAGCCAAAUGGAAGGCCCAGCUCCGCUGUGCUCUCAACAAAAGCAGGGAGUUCAACCUGAUGUACGAUGGCACCAAGGAGGUGCCCAUGAAUCCUGUGAAGAUCUAUCAAGUGUGUGACAUCCCCCAGCCCCAGGGCUCUGUCAUUAACCCAGGAUCGACGGGCUCUGCUCCCUGGGAUGAGAAAGAUAACGACGUGGAUGAGGAUGAUGAUGAGGAUGAGCUGGAUCAGUCUCAGCACCACGUGCCCAUCCAGGACACCUUCCCCUUCCUGAACAUCAAUGGUUCUCCGAUGGCACCAGCCAGCGUGGGCAACUGCAGUGUGGGAAACUGUAGCCCUGAAUCAGUGUGGCCCAAAACAGAACCUCUGGAGAUGGAAGUACCCCAGGCCCCCAUUCAGCCCUUCUAUAGUUCUCCAGAGCUGUGGAUCAGCUCUCUCCCCAUGACUGACUUGGACAUCAAGUUUCAGUAUCGUGGGAAGGAGUACGGGCAAACCAUGACGGUGAGCAACCCCCAGGGCUGCCGGCUCUUCUAUGGGGACCUGGGCCCCAUGCCUGACCAGGAGGAGCUCUUUGGUCCUGUCAGCCUGGAGCAGGUCAAGUUCCCGGGUCCAGAGCAUAUCACCAACGAGAAGCAGAAACUCUUCACUAGUAAGCUGUUGGAUGUCAUGGACAGGGGACUGAUCCUGGAGGUCAGCGGACAUGCCAUUUAUGCCAUCCGGCUGUGCCAGUGCAAAGUGUACUGGUCAGGGCCAUGUGCCCCCUCACUUGCUGCACCUAACCUGAUUGAGAGGCAGAAGAAGGUCAAGUUGUUUUGUCUGGAAACGUUCCUGAGUGAGCUCAUUGCCCACCAGAAAGGACAGAUAGAGAAGCAGCCGCCUUUUGAGAUCUACUUAUGCUUCGGGGAAGAGUGGCCAGACGGGAAGCCCCUGGAGAGGAAGCUCAUCUUGGUCCAGGUCAUUCCAGUGGUGGCUCGCAUGAUCUAUGAGAUGUUUUCUGGGGACUUCACCCGGUCCUUUGACAGUGGCAGUGUUCGACUGCAGAUCUCCACUCCAGACAUCAAAGAUAACAUCGUCGCCCAGCUCAAGCAGCUGUACCGCAUCCUUCAAACCCAGGAGAGCUGGCAGCCCAUGCAGCCUGCCCCCAGCAUGCAGCUGCAGCCUGCCCCCAGCAUGCAGCUGCCGCCCCCUCUGCCUGCCCAGUGACCCAGACUGCCUCCCAUGCGUGCCCUCUUCUCUCCUCUCCUCUCAUUUUUAUAUUGUACAUAAGGGUUUUUUUAAAUUCAGAUUCAGUCAACUUUUAAAUCUCCUUUCUAUAACCUCAUUAGAAGUCUGAGACUUUCCAAACAUGCUUACUUUUAAAAGUUCCUCUAGCUUAUCAAGCUGUCGUCCUCUGAGGGGUUCCUUUUAGAUCUUCCAUGGUUGGUGUAGGAGAGACUUGUUUUGGAAGUUUAGACACCAGGACUCUAGCUGCAGCUGUUGUCCAUUUGACUUUAGACAGAUCGUUUAACUGGAGGGCAUCAGAUGCAUCACUCAUAAAUAAAAAAGUUUUGGAAUGAUGCCAAAAAUUGCAUUUGGCCUUAAAA